GGUCCGUGACUCAGACUGUCAGUACCCGCGAGGCAGACACGGGGAGGGCAGCUCCAGAGAUCUGAGUCCCUGGCCCGUGCUUCUGUCUCUCUGCCAGGCUGUGAACCGCGAUGGAAACCCCGUCUCAGAAGAGGACCACCCGGAGCGGUGCGGGUGGCACCCCGCUCUCUCCAACCCGCAUCACCCGCCUGCAGGAGAAGGAGGAUCUGCAGGAGCUCAACGACCGGCUGGCCGUCUACAUCGACCGGGUGCGCUCCUUGGAGUCGGAGAAUGCCGGGCUCCGGCUGCGCAUCACCGAGUCCGAGGAGGUGGUGAGCCGCGAGGUGUCCGGCAUCAAGUCGGCCUACGAAUCGGAGCUGGCGGAUGCCCGCAAGACCUUGGAUUCGGUGGCCAAGGAGAGGGCACGACUGCAGCUGGAGCUGAGCAAAGUGCGGGAGGAGUUCAAGGAGCUGAAGGCACGGAAUACCAAGAAGGAAGGGGCCCUGCUGGCUGCCCAGGCGCGCCUCAAAGACCUGGAGGCCCUGCUCAACUCAAAGGAAGCUGCACUCACCACCGCCCUGGGGGAGAAGAGGAACCUGGAGAACGAAAUCCGGGACCUGAGGGCACAAGUGUCCAAGCUGGAAGCUGCCCUGGGUGAGGUGAAGAAGCAGCUUCAGGACGAGAUGCUGCGACGGGUGGACGCCGAGAACCGGCUGCAGACGCUGAAGGAGGAACUCGACUUCCAGAAGAACAUUUACAGCGAGGAGCUUCGCGAGACCAAGCGUCGGCAUGAGACCCGUCUGGUGGAGAUCGACAACGGCCGCCAGCGGGAGUUUGAGAGCAAGCUGGCUGAUGCCCUGCAGGACAUGCGAGCCCAGCACGAAUCCCAGGUCAAGCUGUACAAGGAGGAGCUGGAGAAGACCUAUGGCUCCAAGCUGGAGAACGCCAAGCAGUCAGCAGAGAGGAACAGCAACAUGGUGGGGGCUGCCCACGAGGAACUGCAGCAGUCGAGGAUCCGCAUCGACAGCCUGUCGGCCCAGCUCAGCCAGCUGCAGAAGCAGCUGUCUGCCAAGGAGUCGAAGCUGCGGGACCUGGAGGACGCGCUGGCCCGGGAGCGGGAGACCAGCCGCCGCAUCCUGGCCGACAAGGAGCGGGAGAUGGCGGACAUGCGAGCCAGGAUGCAGCAGCAGCUGGACGAGUACCAGGAGCUGCUGGACAUCAAGCUGGCCCUGGACAUGGAGAUCCAUGCCUACCGCAAGCUGCUGGAGGGCGAGGAGGAGAGGCUGAGGCUGUCUCCAAGCCCCAGCUCCCAGAAGGGAGGCUCCAGGAUCCAUGUGAGCCAUUCCUCCACCACGCCGGGCUCCUCCAAGAAGAGGAAGCUGGAGGACGGGGAGCGCCGGACGAGCUUCUCCCAGCAUGCCAGGACCAGCGGCCGCGUGGCCGUGGAAGAGGUUGAUUUGGAAGGGAAAUUUGUCCGUCUCAGGAACAAGUCCAACGAGGACCAGGCGCUGGGGAACUGGCAGAUCAAGCGUCAGAAUGGAGACGAGGCCCCUGUCACCUAUCGCUUCCCUCCCAAGUUCACCUUGAAGGCCGGCCAGGUGGUCACGAUCUGGGCCUCCGGUGCUGGCGCCACCCACAGCCCUCCCACCGACAUGGUGUGGAAGGCCCAAAGCUCCUGGGGCUCUGGAGACAGCCUGCGCACCGCCCUGAUCAGCUCCAACGGAGAGGAGGUGGCCAUGAGGAAGCUGGUGCGCACGGUGAUCAUCAAUGACGAGGAGGAGGAUGACGAUGACGAAGUCAGCGUCCACCACCGUCACCACCACGCCCACUGUGGCGGCUCGGGUGAUCCCGGCGAGUACAACCUGCGCUCCCGCACCGUGGUGUGUGGCACCUGCGGGCAGCCGGCAGAGAAAGCCGGCGGGGCCCAGAACGCUGCGGCCGGCUCCAUGUCCUCGGAAUCAUCCGCCUCUAGCCUCACCAUCACCCGGAGCUACCGCUCCAUGGGGGGCGCUGGUGGGGGCAGCAGCAGCCUGGGAGAAAACCUGGUGACCAGGUCCUACAUCCUGGGUAACUCCAACCCACGCAGUCAGGGGCCGCAAAAUUGCAGCAUCAUGUAAACAGCAGAGGGCGCUCUCGCUUACCAAAUGCCAUACCAUGCUUUUUCUCUCCAAAGCAAGAGAACCAUUUCCCCUUCCCCCGAAGGGUUUUUUUUUUUUUUUUUUCUUUUUGGUGUUUUUUCUACAGCAGAAAUUUUAUAUAUACAUAUAUAUAAAAAUGCUAAAAGAUGCUUUGAUUUUUUUUAAAGAAAAAAAACUAUUUCUAUAAAAAAAUAGCUUUUCAGCUUCAAAAUUUUUUUAAAAAUCUAAAACCAAAGAAGUUGCAGAAUCAUGGUUACCAAAAAAAGAGGAAAAAAAGACUGUAGUUUAAUAGCUCUUUAGAUACAUAUCUAUAUAUAUUUGCCAAAGCUUUUUAUAUAGGGCUAGCAGCCGCCAGGGCAUCAAAGCUGAGCGUUGACUGUUGAUUCCCAGCAGGGGCCCUAUUGCUAUCACAGCCAGGCCAUGCCUUUGCACUUAGACCCUACGGCAAAGCUCACUUGAAGUCAGUGAGUUUGGUUCAGGCCCAGAAUCCUUUAGUAGGAGGAUCAGAUCAUCGGGCCCGUUUCUCAUCUUCACCAAGGCCUUUUUACGUCGCGCUCAGUCGAAAGUGGCCUUAAAGUGGACAGGACUGUAACUGAUGAGCACAGCGACAAAAAGAACCUUGGGGAAAUUCACCCAGUGGGCCUGAUUCUCCCUGACAGCACCAUGUCAGCUUUAGACGCUGUUUAAUCGCCCGGGGGCAUUAGCUUAUGCUCUCCCCUUUUGUCCCAUUUCCUCUGCUUCACUGCCAUUCCCUGCUAGCUGCUGCACUGCCAUAGCCAGGGGGACACUGCUGGGGUCAGUUCUCGUAUUGUACUUGUGGGGUUACUCAACACUUUUUUUUUUUUUUUUUUAAGGCAGCCAAGUUGUGCCUUAGUGGGUGAUGCUGAUGGGUGGAGCUUAAUGAGAAAGGGAGAGGAAGGAGGAGUCCUGUUUAGAGAGCCGGGUAGCCUAGGGAUCCAAGGACGGAGCCAUAAGGGAACGAAACCGGUUUCAAGCCUGGGACCAGAUGUCGACACCAGCCCUGACCAGAGCGACCUUUAUGGUCACCAAGAGGCUGAGCAAAGCAAGUUGGGUGCCGGGGGGGGUUGUUCUCAGUUAAUAGGCGCCACAUCCUCAGCUGGGGUGGAACCUUCUUUCCCCGCCGUGGCCUUAGCAGAGCUUACUGACACCAGCUGAUGCUCUGGCUCUGCAUGCUUACAGCUGCACUAGCUGCUGCUUCUCCCCUGCGUCCCACCCCACUUGUCUGCGGACUUCAGGGAGUCUUUGCAGGGACGGAGGCAGCAGGAUUGGGCCUCAAGUCCGCUAAGGAACAGGGAAUAGACAAGGGUGGCAGGACAGGACACUGUUACACUAACUGAUUUGUUUUGGAGGCCUGUCUGGGCCCCGGAUGGAUCCGGACUGCAAAGUCCAUCCUGUCCAUUUGCCCUGUCGUGCUCAGUGGCUUUUGUCUUCAUGUGCGACGCUGCUUGAGGAAGCCCCCUGCACGCCCCUCCUCCUUCGUAGCUAGGUGAGGGAGUCAAGGGCAGCUCAGAGCAAAGUCAGCGUAGAAUUGUCCAGUCCAUGCCAUAUUGGCAAAGUAUUUGCCUUUCUUUUUGGUGCAAAAAUCCAACACUAAACUAAAAGCACCCUGGUCCCCCUGUCUAUUGAUCUUAUUGUCUUGGAGACUACCGCUGGCCAAGGCUGGUACCCACCACCAUGCCAGUCCUCUGCCCCACCUCCUGCCUUCAGCAUCACUCACCUCGGUCCAUUCUGCUGGGUGCUGCUCUGCGGAGGACGUCCCUGCCUUGUCACCGUUAAAGUUUGGUCACGGUGGGUGGAUCUGGCAAGGCCUUGUACUGUUAAUUGGAAAUGUUACAAUAUUUCUGUAUGCCGAAAUCAAUACACCAGGGAACCUACCCA